CCGACGUCGAUUCUCCGGUUUCAACCCGAUUUUGUGCACAUUCCGGUUCCCAAAAGCCAACUCCCACUCUCCCCAAAAUGACCAACAUCAAGUCGGUGCUGACCAAGUUCUACGAUGAGUACACCAACAACACCCCCAAGAAGCUGAAAAUCGUGGACGCCUACUUGCUGUACAUUUUGCUGACCGGCAUCACGCAGUUUGUUUACUGCUGCCUUGUUGGAACUUUUCCGUUCAACUCGUUCCUGGCCGGGUUCAUCUGCACCGUCAGCUGCUUCGUGCUGGGAGUUUGCCUCCGGCUGCAGUCCAACCCGCAGAACAAAGCCCAGUUCUUUGGAAUCUCACCGGAACGAGGAUUCGCCGACUUUAUCUUUGCGCACGUCAUUCUCCAUCUGGUCGUGAUGAACUUCAUCGGUUAAGUAAGUUCGUGUGCAUUUUCCAUUUUAAAAACUUCUCUAAUAGCGAAUAAUUCACUGUGUGGAGCAAAAUGUGUGUCCAAUUAAAACGAAUCCAGGACGGGAAUCUCUCCUGCUGAAAAUAA